GUUUCAGUUUUCAUCAUACUUUGCAACUUGACAGACAUUCUACAUACUACAUCUUAUAUAUAUCUCAUUUCUAAAUAUAAUAAUUCAAUAUUUUUAAACAUGCGAUCAUUAUUCAUCAUAAUUGCACUAUUGUCUAUUUUUGGUCCGUGCCUCGCGGAUGCAAUCGCUUGUAAUUGCGAGUACUGUGAUGAGGAAAAAGUAAUUGCCUUGGGGGAGGAGACGACUACUCAGGCGGAUAUGUACGAGGAGGACAGCGAUAAAGAUGGCAAUCGAACAAUUUGUGCCAGAAGUCGUGAUUUUAAUGAUCGUACGUUCCCAAGCAUUUGUUACAUGUUAUGUUACAAUCAUUGCACAAAAUAUCGAAUGAUGCCUGUUCAGCAGAAUGACUUAAAAAAGUAUGUCAUAGUUGCAUAUAGGCCGAAUUAUUAUAAAUUGAAAGAUGGAGUGUGCUGAAGAUUACUAUGUGCUUACGAAAAUUAAUCAAGAAGUUUGAAUAGUUAUUAUAAAAGUAAUACAUUUUUGUAAAUUUAAAUUGUGUAUAUUAAUA